UUAAAAAGGGAAAUUGGACGAGCAAGAAAUGAAGUACAGCAACUUGAAAAGUCUCUUCAAGAUACUGCUGGGCCAAUGAAGGUGGUUCAAACCCGACUGGAAAACAGAAAGUGGCGCCCUCAAAUGGAACUUUGUGGAGAUUCUCCACAAGCAUCACUUCGACAAGAAUUUAUGCAGCUUCAAGAUGUCCAGUAUGCUCUCCAAAAAAAGUUACAAGAAGCAAGGUCUUCUCUGAAUACUCUUCAGUAUCAAUUACAUCAAGUUGAAAGAGAUAUUGAGCUGAAAGAGAGAACAUUGGAAAUAGAAAACCAGUGUUUAAAAACUCACUCUCAUCCCAGGCUGGAUCCUUAUCGCACAGAGUUGUCUUGGCUCUCAAAGGACAAGCCUUUUCUCCAGACUGUCAUGGAUGACGCUCCUCUCUCAGACACUUCUACAUUACCUAGUACUGAAACUGAGAACCAGGUUGAGAGACUAGUGGAACCACCGAGUGAAAAGGUAACCACAACUGGUACUAUGACUGAACCAAUACCCGAAGAACAACUUCUGGUGGAUUAAAAGAAUCUUAAUGGUGUGUUACGGUUUUCAAGUUUACUAUCCAUUGCUGUUAGCACUGAUCAUUUAAAAUAUGUAUGAAAGAAAAACAUUAGGGAGAGAAAUAAAAUAUGAAUGGCACUAGAAACUUUCUGUCUUAGAUUAUAUCACAAGGAAACACUAUUACUGGGUUGGUAGAUAUUUCACUUAAGAUUUUGGAUAUUUGACUUUUAUAAUAGUCAUUAAAUUUUGAUAUCAUACAGUUUGUCCUUUGAUUCAUAACGUUUCUGUAAACUUCAAAUGCAUUUAGUAACAUGACGGUAAACUUUCUUGCAAUUUUCGACUUAUGUUAUGACAAGCUUUCAUUAGUUUUGUGUAAUUUCAGUAAAUUUCUUUUGAUUAAUUAUAGUUUUCCACUAGAAACUUUCAUUUGAUUGAUAGAUAUUAACUUUCCUUGAUGACUGACAUUUUUAGAAAUUUAUUAUAUAUUUUUCAAAAGGUUAUCCACUGGAGAUUUCUUCAACGUACUGGUAGUUGUGUUUAAAAGGAAGUUUGUUAAAAGUAAGAGUUAUUAGUACAAACAACAAAAUUUAGCAUGAUGUCUUCAUUUGAUGCAGUUUCUCUCACUAUCAUAUAUUGUUUUGAUACAUAAAAAUCUUUCACAAGCAGAACUAAACUGUUGUA